GUAGCUCUGCUCUCUUCAUGUUGCGUACUACGCCCCUUGUUGAUAAAAAACGACAUUAAUCAGCGGUACAAUUAAACCCCUGCUUAUUAAUUCGUAGAAAAAACGAGCAGCCAGGACGUUUUAAUAACUGGCUGAAACCAUGCAAAAGUAUGAGAAGCUGGAGAAGAUAGGAGAGGGUACAUAUGGUACCGUUUUCAAGGCUAAAAACAGAGAAACGCACGAAAUUGUGGCCCUCAAACGAGUCCGACUGGAUGAUGAUGAUGAGGGCGUACCAAGUUCAGCUUUACGAGAAAUUUGCCUCCUGAAAGAACUGAAGCAUAAAAACAUUGUAAGGUUACAUGACGUCCUUCACAGUGAUAAGAAACUCACAUUAGUGUUUGAAUACUGUGAUCAGGAUUUGAAGAAAUACUUUGACAGCUGUAAUGGUGACUUGGAUCCAGAGAUUGUCAAGUCUUUUAUGUACCAGUUGUUGAAGGGUCUCGCCUUCUGCCACAGCAGAAAUGUUCUCCACCGUGACCUUAAACCACAAAACCUGCUCAUCAACAGAAACGGGGAACUGAAGUUGGCUGAUUUCGGCUUGGCCAGAGCGUUUGGGAUCCCUGUACGCUGUUAUUCUGCUGAGGUGGUGACGUUGUGGUACAGGCCUCCGGAUGUACUGUUUGGUGCUAAACUCUACUCUACCUCUAUCGACAUGUGGUCUGCAGGCUGUAUAUUUGCAGAACUGGCAAAUGCAGGACGGCCUUUAUUUCCUGGUAACGAUGUGGACGAUCAGCUAAAGAGGAUCUUUCGAUUGCUGGGAACGCCAACAGAAGAACAGUGGCAGACUAUGAAUAAACUUCCAGAUUAUAAGCCGUACCCGAUGUAUCCAGCUACUACAUCACUUGUGAACGUCGUGCCGAAACUCAGCAGCACCGGCAGAGAUUUACUACAGAAUCUUCUGAAAUGUAAUCCAGUACAGCGAAUCUCAGCAGAAGAAGCUCUACAGCACCCUUACUUUGCUGAUUUCUGCCCACCAUAAAAAAACAAAAACAAAAACUGCUCUCCAAAUCAUCAUGUAGGAACACAGACGGGCCAGUUUUACCUCCUCAAACCCCCCUCAGCUUCUGCUUUCACCAUAGGAUAAUAGAGGGACCACCAGACACUCCUCCAUUAGUGAUUAUGGUUAUGAUUUGAUCAUACAGACAUGAUUAUAAUAGUGACUCUCUCUAAUGCAGAGUGUGCUGCUGUUAUUCGGCACAAAUCUCCAAAAAGACCUUUAUGUUGUUACUAUGGUCUUAAAGGGAUAGUUCAUCAAAAAUCAAUUUGACAUAUUUCUUCAUUAACAAAAUGUGUGUUUUUAGCUGAAACACUGGUCAUUGGGUGAUUUAUAAAAUGCAAGUCAACAGCACUUUGGGAGUCAAAAAAAACACAUACAGGCAAAAUUAAAGGGAUAGUUCACCCAAAACUGAAAAUGCGUUAUUCACUCUCUAUUCAAAACCUUCAUUCUGUUGAACAUAAAAGAAGACAUUUCGAAGAAUGCUGGAAACCUGUAAUCAUUGACUUCCAUAGCAUUUGUUUUUCCUGCUAUGGGUAUCAAUAGUACAUCAGAAACGUGUUCAACAUAAUGAAGAAACACAUAAAGGUUUGGAGUAAACAGUGAGAAUUUGUUUUUGACUGAACUGUGCCUUUAAUGAUUGGAAUAGUUGAUUCCAUGAGCAUUAUGAACUUCAUUGUGUUUUAUAAGACCUCAAUUUAUUGUCCAGAGCUGAAUAUAUAUGUAUUUUGAUUAGCCUGUAUGUUAUUUAUUUAUGUAUUUAUUUUUGACUCCAUAUCUUACUUGCAGUUUUAUGAAUCAACAAGGAUCACAGUUUAAACCAUAAGUCUUUUAAUGUGUCACUGAAUUAAAAGAAAGCGACCGUCUUUGAUGACCCGAGGGUAUUAAAUCAACAGCAAAGUUUCAUUUUUAAUGGAAUUAUCGGAAAAAGUUCAUCCAGACAAACAAAAUUAGAGAAUCGCAUAACGUCAGACCAUCUAAAGGGACAGUUCACCCAAAAAUGAAAAAUUCCUCGUAAUUCCUCAAGUGCUUCUAAAGUUUUUUGAGUUUCUUCUGUUGAACAAAAAUGCUGAUGUUUUGAAGAAUGUUGGAAAAAGCAUCUCUAGUAGCAACGAAAAAUACUCAAUGGCUGUUUUUCACGUUCUUCAGUACAUUUUCAUUUAUGUUCAAUAAGAAAGCAACUCAAACAGGCUUUAAACAAGUGAAAGAUUAAAUGAUCAUUUUAUUUUUUGCGUGAACUAUCCAUAUAAACAUUGAUCAUAGUCACAUAUAUAGGUGAACUGUUAUGUAAAUUAAAAAUGUUGAUAAUUUCUUCUAGCCUGCAAACCUUCAAUCCUGGCCCUACAUGAUUCAUUUAGUUGCCAAAUGUUCUUCAUUGGUCUCUGAAGGUUUACAAAACGCUGCGGUGGGGACUACAAAAAGCAGCAAUUUCUUUAUCUUAUUAUUAUUUUUUUUUGUCUACGAUCAAAUGAGCAUUAUAAUUGAAUGAGGUACAGCGCACAUCAUUGAUUUAGCACACGUUACGAUAUACAGUAUAUAAAGAAAAACCACCAUAGAAUUUUGUGUUGUACACAGUAAUGGUAAAAAAAGUCUAGGUUGUGCGAUUUUUCUAUGAGCGAGAUUUUAGCAUUCAUUUUAAACAACACUGUUAUCGUUUUCCUAUUCUUCAUUUAAAGAAACGCUGCACCUUAUUUUUUUUAAGUUAAACAGUUGAAUUUGACUAUAUUUUUAAAAAUGUAUUCAGUUGAUCUUUGUGUUUGGUGGGAACACUUUUAGCUAAGCUUAACAUAAGUCAUUGAAUCAGAUUAGACCAUUAGCAUCUCCCUCAAAAAAAAAAAAAAA